CAAAACAUAAUUGUUCAAUCGUUUUACAUUAAAAUUAAAUUUGGGGUAUUAUAAUAUAAAAGGUAUAUUAUAAUGAUUAAGUUGUAAUUUAAUUAAAUUUGGAGUAUCAAAAUGUAAUAAUUUCGGCAACAGUAACCUUACUUCACUUUUAUAUAUAUUAAUGUGCGCCCUAGAUUAUGUCCUCGUGAGUGGCUAGCUCGUUAGUUGUGUAGGUUGGCGAACCAUAGAGGUUCCUUACACCAUGUAAUAGUCAAAUAUAUAUGGUUCGGGCUAGCGUACGCAUUUCAAAUUUUAAUUUUUAGACCAUGAAUUAAUCGGAGUUUGGGGCAUGAUACUAUACCCUAACCUCUAAUAGUUGAACCCAGUCUUCAUUUCUCUAACCCAAACCAUAAGAUUCAUUUAAUAGUGUACGCCUACCUUUUCCACAUACACACAUAGUGUACACCUGACGUACACUAUACCCCUACGUUCGCACCUAUUAUUUGUGCUUGGAUAAUUCCGACGAAUUAUAAUUGUUUGUUUUUAUUUUGAGAUUAAAUGAAUCUUAUGAUUCGGGUUAGAGAAUUGGGGACUGGGGUUCACCCAUUAGAGGUUAUAGUAUAGUAUCAUGCCCCAAACUCUGGCUAAUUCAAUUCUAUAUAACAAAAAUAGACGGGCGUACAGUAAGGUAAGCAUACGCUAGCCUACACUCAUAUAUAUAGGUGGUUCUAUCGUACCUUGGUAAAAUAAAUGGUAUGACACACCAUGUGUAAGAAAAUGAUAUCUAGACCUUGAAAUGACCGAAAUUUGGCAUUUGGUACUAUUCCCAAACGCUUAAAGAUUAAAAUCUAAAGUCUUAAUUCUAUAAUUCUCAUACACUAAGAUCAAUUUAAUUAGAAACAAAAAUUGACGGUUAUAAUUCGUCGAAAUAUAUGCAACAAAUUACAUGCACAAUCUUAGGGGUUAUCCUUUAUGAUUUAGAUAACUAAGACCUAGGGUUCACUAAUCAAGGGUUAUGGUAUCAUGCCCAAAAUUCCGGUUAAUUCGUGGUCUAGAUAGCGUUUUCUUACUCAAGGUAUGUCGUACUCCACAUUUUACCCAGGGUAUAAUAAUAGAAGCCAAUAUAUAUGGAUCAGACUGGUGUACUUCUGGAGUAUAUUAUACUCCAUGCACUUCUAGUGAGAUACCAUUAUCUAGAUCAUGAAUUAAAUCGAGUUUGGGUAAUUUACUAUACCCUAACCUCUAAUAGAUAAACCCCAGACUCGACUCUCUAAACCCGAACCCGAAGUUCAAUUUAAUUGCAAAUAAAAAUUGACCGUUUAGAUUGAUCGGGGUUCAAAAAAGUACAUCUAAUGGUUAGAUCACCUGAAGUAUACUAUACUUCUUGAAUAUACGAGUCAUUACCAUAUAACGGUAAAAAAAAAUCAUAUUGUAAAAUUUCCUUAACAUUAUGAUUUUUUUUAUAUUUAAAGUAUGCGUGUGGUUCAUAUGAACAGUAGUUCCAAUUUUGCAACUUAAAAAAAAUGGUGUAAUAAAUAAAAAAUUAUAAUCGGUAGCCUAAAAUAUUUUCCAUAGCUUUAGCUUUUGUAUAAAUUGGGGAAAACAAACACACCCAAUACAACACCAAGAACCAGAAAACGGGAAUCUGGAUGUAAUUAGUCACACUUGCAACUUGAAAGCACACUUCCACAGUCGACAAUUACCCCAAAAGGGGACAAACCCAACGCGCCAAAUAAAGGCUAAAGCCGAAGAUAAGUUAUUGCUGUGGCAUGCCAGUUGCGGCUAACAUUUCCAUCGACAGAAACAAUACAAAGACAAUGUAAAACCGCACGGCUUCCAAAAAUUCAGACACCAGCUAGCUACCCGUCCAUGGGGUAAUGGGAAUGAGUAAAGCCACAGAUUUAGUCUCAUGGAUUGAAGUGUUCGUACUUGGUAGUCGCUAAUUUUGUAUCAUUAUCGUAGUGGUUACUCAAAGGACUAUUGUAUUUGUCAAACGGGUGGUUUUGAUGUGACAUUUUGAUUUUUUAGUAUUUUGAAUCGAAAUGUUGCGUUAUUUUACAAUGUGGAAUUUCAUAUGAGACUUUAGUUUAUGGUGUGGUAAUUAUUGGAUACUAAUUAUUUUAUUUGGAUUGACCAUUCCGAAAUUUUCUUAUUGUGUUAUUUCAUCACUAAAAAUGUUAUAACACUUUUUUGCCCCCAUCGGAUUUCAAUACAUUUGCACACAAAAAAAGCAGAUUUAUUGUGCUCUACAAGAUGAUAUCAAUUAUAACAUUUAGAGCAAAAAAAAUUCAGGUCAUCGUACUACAAUCAUAUCACAAUAUUACCACUGACAAUGAUAUGAUGUUGAUAUGAUAUUGAUAUUGAUAUGAUAGUAAUAUGAUGUUGGUAGGAGUUCUUAUGUUUGACAAAAUAAUUUGAUAACAUCAUAUCAUUGUCAUAUCAUGAUAUUAUUACUAUAUAAUUUCAUUAUAUGACAUUGAUAUGAGGUCUUAUAAUGGCCAGAAUAAUGGGCCAAAAAAGCCAAAUUUCCUGGCCAAAUACCCAACACAAGAAGACAAAGAAAGCCAAAUUCUGGCCAGAAUAAUGGGCCCCUCUUUCUCCAUGAAUCAGACCCGCACAAGCGGAAAUGUGGCCAGAAUAAUGGGCCCCCUUCAUUUCCCUACCGUGAAAAAUAGGAGAGUUUUUCUAUAAAAAAAAGGAGAGUUUCAAGACAAAUCAGAUAAUUAAAAUAAUAAUUGUGAAAUAUGCACUCAAAUAGAAGGUGUGCAACAAACUCCUUAAAAUAUAGUUUAAGAAAAUAGAACUCAAAUACGUGUUAAAACGCAUGCGGUAAAAUCAUUGCACAAAUUAUUGUGCUUUAAUUAUUAAUGACAUCAUAUUUAAUGAUAAAUUAUUUAAUGAAAAAAAAAUAAUAUCAAAACGUUCAUCUUAAUUAAUUAUUACUAUAUGUAUAUAAAGAAUUUACAAACUAUCUUAUUAAAAAUGAUGAAAUCUACACUAAACUACAUUAUCACAAAAAGAGAAUAUUUGACAUUUUGGCAUUUUAGCAUUCCUUGUUGGAGAAAAACAACUUUAAAGAUGCCAAAAUGCCAAAUCCAUUGGCAUUCUAGCAUUUUUUAUAUUCUUUGUUGGAGAUGGUCUUAUCACUAUAUAAUAAUAAUAAUUUAAUAAUAUGACAGUGAUAUGAUGUUGAUAUGAGAUCUUAUGAUUCAUAAAACAUAACAAAAUGAAUCACGGUCUAAAUCUUAAUGAAUGUGUUCUUUCUAUAAAAAAGUAAUUUUUUUAGUGAAAUGCCUCUUGGUGCAAGCUGCAUCAUUAGUAAAUAGCACACAUUUUUGACAAAUUAAGAUCAUAGAGCAUACGAGAUUAUAAAAAGAAAUAGACUUAUGGAGGACAAUUACCCACCUAUGGGUAAAUAUACCCCAACUCAAGUAGACCCAUUAAAUUAAUGGGUUGAUUAUGAGUGAAGUGUAUAUGGGUUUGAGGGUUUGUAGAUGAGUUUGGACAAGGUAUGGAUAUUGCUUCCAUAUUCUAAAUGGGUAUGAGUUGGGCAUGAAUACUCAUUUACUUGAGGGUGUUUUAACUACACAUCUAAAAAUUGGACUUAUUUGUAAAACUUAAAAAGUUUAGGUACCAAAAUAUAAGACAAAAAAAUUUAGGUAUCAAAAUAUAAAUUUAGGUACUAAAUCAGUAGAUCCGUUGAGUUUAGAUAUCAAAUUGUAAUUUGAAUUUGGGCAAUAAGUACAACCUCAAAUCCAUAUAUAUUACAAAUUCAAACCAACCCAAAUAAAUAAAUAUGGGUAUAAACCCAUCCAAUUCUACUCAUUUAUCAUUUAUUCGGGUUUCGUGUCCAACUCAAUAAGGUUGGAUAAUAAAAUACACGUGAUAAUAGGCAAAAUUGCAUGUUGAUUUGUUAACUUGCUUGGAAAAAAAGGAACAAUACGCCAUUUUCUUCACGCAAGUUAUAACAAGAAAGAAGCAUCAUCCCGGUGCACACUAAAAAUCAAAGGAAAACAAUUUAUUCAUAAUCUUACCAUGACCUAGAAAAAACAUGCUAGUCUAGUCACAAUCUCCUUCCUCCGCAUUUUCUUCAUGGAAACUUCAUCAAUACAGUCAUUUAAUUCGGACAAGAAGGAUUAUAAAAAUAAAAUAAGAUACGGAGAAGAAGGAAUAAGCAUUUCUUUAAUUCCAUUUCUUAAUUUUGCACCUCAAGAAUCCUCUGCAUAAAACGCCUUCUUCUUUCUCCUCCUUCUCCACCGCCAUUCUCAAGGAUAUAUAUCCAUCCCUGCUUCUAUCCCCCACCCUAUCUCUUAAACAACCAAUCAAUCAGGAGAAGAGAUGAAAUCUCGGCGCCAGUUGCCGGACAGAUCCAGCUGGGUCCUUGCCUUGGUAAUGGCCGGCCUGGUCUUCGCCGGGGUCCUGAUCGGAAGCUUAAUCCGCUUCGCCGACAACUCCUUUAUCUGCUCCCUUGCAAGCAAGAAGUUCCGCGCCGCAGCAGAGUACGCCUCCACGCCGGCCCAGCUCCAGGCAAUCGUCCACUACGCCACCUCCCGGACCACGCCGCAGCAGAACAUCGACGAGAUCUCCGAGACCCUCGACGUCUUCCGCGGCCGCAAUUUCGCCCCUGCCAAUUUCCUCGUCUUCGGCCUCGGAUUCGAUUCCCUGAUGUGGAGCGCUCUCAACCCUCAGGGGAAGACCAUCUUCCUCGAAGAAGAUCCCUCAUGGGUGGAAUCCGUGCUCAAGGACGCGCCCUUGCUCGACGCCCGCACCGUCCAGUACCGCACCCAGCUCAAGGAAGCCGACGAACUCCUCAAUUCGUACAGGAAGGAGCCGAUGUGUUCCCCGGCGAAGACCUAUCUCGACGGCAACUACGCCUGCCCGCUGGCCCUGACCGGGCUGCCCGAAGAGGUGUAUGCCACGGAGUGGGACCUGAUCAUGAUCGACGCGCCGCGCGGGUAUUUCCCCGAGGCGCCCGGGAGGAUGGCAGCGAUCUUCUCCGCGGCGGUGAUGGCUAGGGCAAGGAAAGGAUCCGGCGUGACGCACGUGUUUUUGCACGAUGUGGAUCGGAAGGUGGAGAAGACGUAUGCGGAGGAGUUCCUGUGCCAGAAGUACCUGGUGAAAGGUGUCGGGCGGCUGUGGCAUUUUGAGAUUCCGCCGGCGGCGAAUGUGACUGAACAGGACGAAAACUCUUGGUUUUGUUAGAAACAGGAAGGCUUACUCUGCUUUGCUUCAGGCACGACUCACAACAUUACAUUAUCGGCGCUUCUCUUGCUUUUGACGCGUCUUUUUUCGACACUUGUAUCCUUCCUUGCAUUUUUUAGGAUCUAAGAGCUGCGCAUAUUGAAUAUUGAUUGGCAAAAAAGACUUUUUCAUUGGCAGAUUGCCACAUUAAAUUAUUUCAUUUACUUUAUUUUUAUAACCAUACUGCAUUUUACGUCUUUGUUACCUACCUGUCUUAGACUAUGACUAGGACUAGUAAAAAGAAAAGAGGAUAGGAAACGACCAGGAAAAAUUCAAAAAUACCACUGAUAAAAAAAAAUUACAAACAUAUAAUCACAGAGAAGAAAGAUUAUAACUCAAGGUUGUCAAACCGGUUUAUGCCGGUGUGCCGGUUUAACAAAUGAAAUGGUUCAACCGUGGUAUAAUCGGUAUACAUACCGGUUUAUGCCGGUUUAAGAAAAUAUGUAUAAAAAA